GGCGGUGGGUAGAAAGGCCCUGGGCGUGGGGGCUGCCGGGAACGUAAGCGGUCUUGGAGGGCUGGUUUGUGUGUCUGUUUAUCGGGGAGCCCGGCUCCUCUGUGGAGGGAGGGGACUUUUUCUUCCCGCCGACUUUCCUGGGCUCUCCCUGGACCUAGGGAACCCUCCCCUUUUCCUUCGAUUGACCUGCAGGGAGAGGAUGUAUAUUUCUGGGGUAAACUGUGAAGAUGUUGAAGUUUAAAUAUGCUGUGCGGAGUCCGACGGAGCCAGCCUCGAUGGAGCCCAUAGCUACCCGUGCUUCUCGGCUGAACCUGCUCUUUCAGGGGAAGCCGCCCUUUGUGACUCAACAGCAGAUGUCUCCUCUCUCCCGGGAAGGCAUCCUUGAUUCCCUAUUCGUUCUUUUUGAAGAAUGCAGCAAUCCUUCUUUAAUGAAAAUUAAACAUGUAGGCAACUUUGUAAAAAAGUAUUCAGAGACUGUAGCUGAGUUACGAGAACUGCUGCCCAGUGUGAAGGAUUUUGAAGUAAAAAGUCUGGUGGGAAGUGGUCAUUUUGCAGAAGUACAGGUGGUGAGAGAGAAGGUGACUGGUGAUGUCUAUGCUAUGAAGGUGAUGAGCAAGGAGUCCUUGUUGGCACGAGAACAUGUGUCAUUUUUCGAAGAAGAACGGAGUAUAUUAUCUCGGAGUAGCGGUACCUGGAUCCCACAGUUACACUAUGCAUUUCAGGACAAAAAAAAUCUCUACUUGGUUAUGGAGUAUCAACCUGGAGGAGACUUAUUGUCACUCUUAAACCGAUAUGAAGACCAACUAGAUGAAAGUAUGGUGCAGUUUUAUUUAGCAGAGCUGGUUUUGGCCAUUCACAGUGUCCAUCAGAUGGGCUAUGUACACCGAGAUAUCAAACCAGAGAAUGUUCUCAUUGACCGACUAGGACAUAUUAAACUUGUGGACUUCGGAUCAGCUGCCAAAAUGACAGCGAACAAAACGGUGAAUGCCCCGCUGCCUGUUGGCACCCCAGACUACAUGGCACCAGAGAUGCUAACUGUUUUGAACGGGGAUGGUAAAGCUUCACAUGGCCCAGAGUGUGACUGGUGGUCUUUGGGAAUCAUUGCUUAUGAUAUGAUUUAUGGAAAAUCUCCUUUCACUGAAGGGACCUCAACAAAAACCUUUAAUAACAUCAUGAACUUCCAGAGGUUCCUGAAGUUCCCAGAAGAUGUGAAAGUCAGUAAUGAAUUUCUUGAUCUGGUCCAGAGUCUGUUAUGUGGACCGAAGGAGAGACUAGAUUAUGAGGGUCUCUGCUGCCAUCCGUUCUUCUCUAAAAUUGACUGGAAUAACAUCCAUAAUACUCCUCCCCCCUUCGUUCCUACCCUCAGGUCUGAUGAUGACACCUCAAAUUUUGAUGAACCAGAGAAGAAUUCGCGGGUUUUAUCUUCUCCGCGGCAGUUGAACCCAGCCGGCUUCUCGGGUGAAGAUUUGCGGUUUGUGGGGUUUUCCUUCAUCAAGGCUCUGGGGAUUCUCAGAUCAGAGUCUGUUGUCUCGGUAUUGGACUCUCCAGCUAAGAUCAGCUCCAUGGAAAAGAAACUCCUUCUAAAGAGCAAAGAGCUGCAGGACACCCAGGACAAGUGUCACAAGAUGGAGCAGGAAAUGACGCGAUUGCACCGGAGGGUGUCAGAGGUGGAGGCUGUACUUAGCCAAAAGGAGGUGGAACUGAAAGCCUCUGAGACCCAGCGAUCCCUCCUGGAGCAGGACCUGGCAACCUACAUCACAGAAUGCAGUAGCUUAAAGCGAAGCCUGGAACAGGCGCGGUUGGAGGUGUCUCAGGAGGAUGACAAGGCGCUACAGCUUCUUCAUGAUAUCAGAGAGCAGAGCCGAAAACUGCAGGAGAUCAAAGAACAGGAGUAUCAAGCCCAGGUGGAAGAGAUGAGGUUGAUGAUGAAUCAGUUAGAAGAGGAUCUUAUUUCAGCUCGUAGACGUAGUGAUCUCUAUGAAUCGGAGUUGAGAGAGUCACGAUUGGCAGCUGAAGAAUUCAAACGUAAAGCUACUGAAUGUCACAACAAACUACAGAAGGCUAAAGACCAUGGGAAAACUGAAGUAGGAGAGCUGUAUUCCAAACUGGAGAAGAUCAAUACAGAGCAGCAAACCAAAAUCCAGGAACUGCAGGACAAGCUGGCAAAGGCUGUGAAAGCCAGCUCUGAGGCAACUGAACUUCUUCAGAAUAUCCGUCAGGCAAAGGAGAGAGCAGAGAAAGAGUUGGAGAAAUUGCAGAAUCGGGAAGACUCUAAUGAAGGCAUGAAAAAGAAACUGCUUGAAGCAGAGGAACGGCGCCAUUCUCUGGAGAAUCAAGUGAAGAGAUUAGAGACUGUGGAACGCAGAGAAAACCGACUAAAGGAAGAUAUUCAGACUAAAUCUCAGCAGAUUCAACAGAUGGCAGACAAAAUUUUGGAGCUGGAGGAGAAGCAUCGUGAGGCUCAGCUGUCAGCACAGCAUCUGGAAUUGCAGCUGAAACAGAAAGAGCAGUUCUAUGAUGAAAAAAUCAAAGUGCUGGAUGCUCAGAUGAAGAAAGAUCUUGCCGAUAAGGAAGCACUUGAGAAUAUGCUGCGAAGACAUGAAGAAGAAGCACAUGAGAAAUGCAAAAUUCUGGCUGAGCAGAAGGCGAUGAUCAAUGCCAUGGAUUCGAAGAUAAGGUCACUGGAGCAGAGAAUAGUGGAAUUGUCUGAAGCUAAUAAACUGGCAGCAAAUAGCAGCCUUUUUACACAGAGAAACAUGAAAGCCCAGGAGGAGAUGAUCUCAGAGCUCAGACAGCAGAAGUUCUACCUGGAAACACAGGCUGGGAAGUUAGAGGCCCAGAACCGAAAACUAGAAGAGCAAUUGGAGAAGAUCAGUCUUCAGGACCAUACUGACAAGAACCGUCUGUUGGAGAUAGAGACUAGACUGCGAGAGGUUAGCUUAGAGCAUGAAGAACAAAAGCUGGAAUUGAAACGACAAUUAACAGAAUUGCAGCUGACUCUCCAGGAAAGAGAAUCUCAGAUUUCAGGGCUUCAAGCUGCACGAUCAGCCCUAGAGAAUCAGCUCCGGGAGGCUAAAACUGAACUAGAGGAGACUACAGCUGAGGCAGAGGAGGAGAUUCAGGCUCUCACGGCACAUAGAGAUGAAAUCCAGCGUAAAUUUGAAGCCCUUCGUAAUAGCUGCACAGUGAUUACAGACUUGGAAGAACAGCUGAACCAGCUGAGUGAGGACAAUGCAGAACUGAACAAUCAGAAUUUCUUCCUGUCAAAGCAGCUUGAUGAGGCCUCUGGGGCCGGUGAUGAGAUAGUACAGCUGCGAAGUGAGGUUGACCACCUCCGUCGAGAGAUCACUGAGAGGGAGAUGCAGCUCACCAGUCAGAAACAAACAAUGGAGGCCUUGAAGACAACGUGCACAAUGCUAGAAGAGCAGGUGAUGGACUUGGAGGCCCUGAAUGAUGAACUGCUAGAGAAGGAACGUCAGUGGGAAGCAUGGAGAAGCAUUCUAGGGGAUGAGAAGUCCCAGUUUGAAUGUCGGGUGCGAGAGUUACAGAGAAUGUUGGACACAGAGAAACAGAGCAGAGUGCGAGCAGAUCAGCGUAUUACUGAAUCCCGCCAGGUGGUAGAACUAGCUGUUAAAGAACACAAAGCGGAGAUUCUUGCUCUUCAGCAAGCACUGAAAGAGCAAAAACUCAAAGCUGAGAGUCUUUCUGACAAGCUCAAUGACUUGGAGAAGAAGCAUGCAAUGCUGGAGAUGAAUGCACGCAGUUUACAACAGAAGCUUGAGACAGAACGUGAGCUCAAACAGAGGCUUCUGGAAGAGCAAGCAAAGUUGCAGCAACAAAUGGAUCUGCAAAAAAACCACAUCUUCCGCCUGACUCAAGGCCUGCAAGAAGCUCUGGAUCGAGCAGAUCUUUUGAAGACUGAAAGGAGUGACCUUGAGUACCAACUGGAAAACAUUCAGGUUCUCUAUUCCCAUGAAAAGGUGAAAAUGGAGGGCACUAUUUCUCAGCAAACCAAACUCAUUGACUUCCUGCAAGCAAAGAUGGACCAGCCAGCCAAAAAGAAAAAGGGCCUGUUUAGUCGGCGGAAAGAGGACCCUUCUUUACCCACACAGGUUCCCCUGCAAUACAAUGAGCUGAAAGUGGCACUGGAGAAGGAGAAGGCUCGUUCUGCUGAGCUGGAGGAGGCUCUACAGAAAACACGCAUUGAACUCAGAUCUGCUCGAGAAGAAGCUGCCCAUCGGAAAAUAACAGACCACGGUCAUCCGUCCACUCCGGCCACAGCCAGACAGCAGAUCAUCAUGUCUGCCAUAGUCCGCUCCCCUGAGCAUCAGCCAACUCCCAUCAGCCUGCUUGCUCCACCCUCAAGUCGCAGAAAGGAGUCCUCCACACCAGAGGAGUUCAGUCGGCGUCUGAAAGAGCGAAUGCAUCACAAUAUCCCUCACCGUUUCAAUGUGGGGCUAAAUAUGAGGGCAACAAAAUGUGCAGUGUGUCUGGAUACUGUGCACUUUGGACGUCAAGCAUCUAAAUGUCUUGAAUGCCAAGUGAUGUGUCACCCAAAGUGCUCAACAUGCUUGCCAGCUACGUGUGGACUGCCUGCAGAAUAUGCCACACACUUUUCUGAAGCUUUCUGUCGGGACAAACUGAACUCUCCAGGACUGCAGCUGAAGGAGCCAAGCAGCAGUUUACAUCUGGAAGGAUGGAUGAAAGUGCCAAGGAAUAAUAAGCGUGGACAGCAGGGCUGGGAUAGGAAAUUCAUUGUCCUGGAAGGAACUAAAGUGCUAAUUUAUGAUGCCGAAGCAAGAGAAGCUGGACAGCGGCCUGUGGAGGAGUUUGAGUUGUGCCUUCCUGAUGGAGAUGUAACUGUUCAUGGGGCUGUAGGAGCUACUGAACUUGCCAAUACAGCAAAGACAGAUGUGCCAUAUAUACUAAAGGUGGAGUCUCAUCCACACACCACAUGCUGGCCUGGUAGGACACUCUACUUACUACCACCUACUUUCCCUGAUAAGCAGCGCUGGGUCACUGCUUUGGAGUCAAUAGUGGCAGGAGGGAGAGUUUCCAGGGAAAAAGCUGAGGCUGAUGCUAAGCUGCUUGGAAACUCUCUGUUGAAGCUUGAGGGGGAAGACCGUCUGGAUAUAAAUUGCACAAUGCCUUUCAGUGACCAGGUAGUACUCGUUGGUACAGAGGAGGGUCUCUAUGCCCUGAAUGUGUUGAAAAAUUCCUUAACACACAUUCCAGGACUUGGUGCUGUUUUCCAAAUUCACCUCAUAAAGGAUCUGGAUAAACUGCUCAUGAUAGCAGGAGAAGAGAGAGCUCUGUGUCUUGCUGAUGUAAAGAAAGUGAAGCAGUCUCUAGCCCAAUCUCACCUCCCAGCCCAGCCUGAUAUCUCACCAAACAUCUUUGAGGCUGUCAAGGGAUGUCACCUUUUUGCUGCUGGCAAGGUUGAGAACGGACUCUGCAUCUGUGCAGCGAUGCCCAACAAAGUGGUGGUUUUGCGCUAUAAUGAGAGCCUCAGCAAGUUCUGCAUCAGGAAGGAGAUUGAAACUUCAGAGCCCUGUAGCUGUGUCCAUUUGACCAAUUACAGCAUCAUCAUCGGAACCAACAAGUUCUAUGAAAUUGAGAUGAAGCAGUAUACCCUGGAGGAGUUUCUCGAUAAGAAUGACCACUCCUUAGCCUCUGCUGUGUUUGCUUCUUCCACCAAUAGCUUCCCAAUCAGUAUCAUACAGGUGAACCCUACAGGACAGAGGGAGGAGUACCUGCUUUGUUUCCAUGAGUUUGGUGUCUUUGUGGAUUCCUAUGGAAGGCGCAGUAGGACAGAGGACCUGAAAUGGAGUCGCUUGCCUUUGGCUUUUGCCUACAGAGAACCCUACCUGUUUGUGACUCAUUUCAAUUCCCUUGAAGUGGUUGAGAUUCAGGCUCGUGCUUCUCUAGGCACUCCUGCACGAGCCCACUUGGAUAUCCCAAAUCCUCGGUAUCUAGGGCCAGCAAUUUCAUCUGGAGCAAUUUACCUGGCCUCCUCCUAUCAGGACAAAUUAAGAGUGAUCUGCUGUAAGGGAAAUCUAGUGAAGGAGUCCAACAAUGAACACCACAGAGGAUCCUCCGCUACACGCAGCUGUCCGCGCCCAUUGUUUUUGAAUGACAGCAGCCCUAAUAAGAGAGGUCCCCCAACAUAUAAUGAGCACAUAACCAAGCGGGUAGCGUCAAGCCCAGGACCACCAGAAGGUCCAAGCCACCCUCGAGAACCAAGCACACCACAUCGGUAUCGAGAGGGAAGGACAGAGCUGCGCAGGGACAAGUCUCCUGGGCGACCACUGGAGAGAGAGAAAUCUCCAGGCAGGCUUCUGAGCACCCGCCGAGAAAGGUCCCCUGGAAGAUUGUUUGAAGAGACCAGCAGGGGGCGAACGCCUGUGGGAGGUGCAAGAACUCCACUCUCACAAGUCAAUAAGGUCUGGGACCAAUCUUCAGUAUAAGUCUCAGCUAGACAAACUUACUCCUCAUCGUGAUCUGCAGGAAAAACAAAGGAAAUGUACUGAGUAUAUGCACUCUAUGCUUCUGCUGCCCAGUCACCAAAUCAACCUUCCUGGGCCAGAACGGGCUCAUGUCAGGAGACACGUGACUCUAACAAGGAUUGUCUGCCUCUCAGUUUAUUUCCCUGCACCUUCCUGCAGUCAUACUUUUUGCACUUUGUACUACUGUUACUCUUUCAAGCAGUUCAUAAACUUUUUGUACUCUAGCUUUAGUCCUUAACAGUUCAUCAAGGAAAUCAAAUUGGGAUGAAGAUCCCAACCCAAAUCUUAAUGUGUUUAGCACCAUUUUUAAAUCAUAGUUUUGAAAAAGAUGCUGGAAUUUGUCAUGGCCUUGUAAACUGAAAGGCCAUGGUGACUCGGUUGCAAUAGACAGCAUCACUGGAUAUUCUCUACAGAGCUCUAGAGAAUUAAUCUGGAUCCGUUUGUUCCCCCGCCACUUUCAAAGCUCAUUCUCUUUUGUUCUCAGUAAAAUUGCCCCAGUGCAGCUUUGUUCAGCUGGAUGAUGAGGAGGGCAGAUCCCCUGAUUAGAUGGUCACAAUCCCCCAUGCCCUAAAACAAAGUGCAUUGUCUCUGACGUACUGGGGUACAAGACUCUUGACCCAGGUUUUCUGCAUGGCAAUUCACUGCAUGCUGCUGCACCAUCACUCUGGCUGCUCUCUCCUUUUAGGUUGCUGUGCUAAGUAUUGUAUUGUACCUCACUUGUAAAUUAAUUGAAGCCUUUACAUUACGCUGCAAAAUAACCGCCAUGAUUUACUGGAGAAUUUGGCACAGAAGAGAGUUACAAUCCUUAUUAUAUGACAAGAGAACUACAAUCACUAGCCCUCACCUUCACACGCCCCAGUGUUAAACACAAUCCCAUUCAGAAAUUGUAUCAAAAUCCUUAUAGUCAUCAUUUUCCACAGAGGCCACUCCUCACAGUGGUUGACAGGUUGCCCCCCAGUUCCCCAAGAACUUCAAAGGAAAGCAUGCGAAAGCAAGUGCACAGAAUUGUCAUCUCUCAAAACAAAGUUCUUCUUUCCUGUUCUGAUUGUAUCUUGUUGUACAGUAAGACCUAAUAGUCACGGCACUAGAGGAUACUUGCAAUAAACAGCUUUGGCGGUUACCGAACACCUCACCUUUGCUUUUGCCUCUAACCUCAAGCCAUUUAUUGCUUCAUAUUCUCCAAUGCCAUGAACAUUAUCCCUUGUAACUGAGCCAGAGAGCAAAUGAUUUUCAAGGCAGGUUUUGACCAUUCAGUCUGCUUCAGCGACAUGCUGAGUAAACAACCAUGUUCUCUAUAAAUGCAAAAGAGCAAAACUGCAUCCAGUUUUCUCGUUGGCCAAGCCUUUUAUCUUCUGCUUGUCCCUUGCCAGCCAGUGCUAACCUGUCCAAGACACCCAUAAACCUCCGAAUGCCUUGUCAGUGCCCUUUGGCGAGUUUCAUGGAUAUUGUGUUCUGUUCUCUUGUCUGUUGGGUUAUUUUAGACCAGAUGAUUUGGCAGGAAACGUGCUGAAAUGUGUCUCUUGGUCUCAGUAUUUUGAAAGGUCACAGAGAUCAGUCUUUAAAUCUUUGCAUCUCAUGGAAGAUCUUCAUGACCUGAGAAAUGGGCUUGUCAAGUCCUGAAAGUGUAUAUCUUGUGUCUUGUUUGUGAAAUGCUUCCUGCUAUAGAAAUAGCUCAAAGGACUGUACAUAUUUACAAGAAACUUUAUAUUCGUAACAAAAGGGAAUUGAAUCAGUUUCUACUUUUUUAUUGUAAACUGUGCAUUUUUCAACACUAGCUUUUUGUUUUAAUGGUGGUUGUGGACAGCCAUCUUCAGACAUUGGAGGGGCCUCAGCUUAAUCCUCCCAGAUCCCAUGAAGAAAUAUUGUAACAUUAAAUUGCAAUCGAAAGCUUGUUAGCAUAAAUGAGGUUUUAGGUAUCUAAAAGUACAGGAUUUUUCUUCAUUACCUUUUUAUUAUUGACAAGGGAGGGAAUCAGAGGUACAGAUCAAGCUCCACCUGGAAAAUAUUGAACUUUGUUGUUGAACAAUAACCAAAUAAAACAAUUAACUAUAUUAACUAGCAUGGUGAAAUGACCUUUUCCUUCCAUGUAGGGUACCACUAAGCCAUUCUAACAGAUCAGCCAAUAUUUGGAGCUACGUAAUUGAUAGGAGUGUAAGCUUACCAAAGAGCUCACCUUCAGAAUACUCUGCCGUUUAGCAGACAUCUUCCCCUGAACGAGUAGCAUAUGUGCUAUCAGAAAAUUAAAGCAUAUUGACUUGGACUGAAACAGAGGUGGAUUUGACCAGAUUUUUAGCUAGUAGUGGUGAGCCCUUAGAUACACACCCAUUGAUGGUGGUAGAGAUACACGUGAAUAUCUGGGAGAAGAAUCUGGCCCUUGGCAAAUAAUCCAGACACACAAUUUCAGCUCAGAAUAAACCCCUUUAAUUGCCAACAGCAUAGUCUCAUGCUGCUGCUGCUGCUCCUCUACUGCAGCGGUGUUUUAAUAGGAAGGGGACCAGUGAGUUAGUCAUCCCACCAUCUUAAUAUUCUGGUGCUGUAAUGCCUGAGAGCUGCAAUUUUUUAAAAGCCUACACAAAUAUAAUUCAGAUUGUACUCAAUCUGCCAAGUUACUGUACAUCUUAAUAACUUACAGCUGGUGGGAAAACUCUCUCAAUCAGACUUAAAUGUAAAUACAACUAUUUUUAACGAAACAAUUUUUACCGGGUCUGAAGAAUUCUUUCACAGGAAGAGUUUUUAAUAUUCACUCUGCUGCCUGCGGUGACUUAUUUCAUUUCUGUCAUUGUUUUGUGCACAUAAAUACCCCCACCCUCCCUAGGAAGGGUUUUCUUGGUGGGCGUGUGGGAGAACGACUAAUAGCUACUAUUCCACUUUGGUCUACACGACAUUUUCCAUGGAAAUGUUCUGCAUAAAGCCAAACUGCUUGAUUUAUCUAUUGUGCCUGCUCUCUGAUGUAUCUGAUGAAAUGCUAACUUGUUAAAUGUUCCUUUAUUUCUAUUUUAAGAAUACAUAUUUAAAACUCA